UCAGUUGCGAGAGCUUUUUGGUGUAUAAUCUUUUUGCCAUUUGAUUAUCAGUAAUUAUUUAUUUAUACACCGUUAAUGUAAUAACAAUGAGACGGUGGUGUGGUUUUGCUGUCUCUUUAAGACCGCGUAUUUAAUUCAGUGUAGCGUAGUUGAAACCUGCUGCUGCUGCUGUGCUGAUGUGGAUGCUGCAGUCGGACCGUGGAUGAAGAUUAAGCGAUAUUCAGUGGAUGUCUCCUCAAAUAAUCCAUCCUUUAUACAGCAUACACGAGGAUUUAAACUGAAGAUGCGUUGUAAUUAGCCUUGAAAAAUCAUUACCAUCGUCUGUUGUGAUUUAAGACGGACGGACUGGUUUGGAUUUUCUCUGGAGGGACACCCUGAACAUCGCCAAAACGGAUAAAUAAACACGAUGUCGUCGGAAAAACACGGAUUGGAGGAGGCAGCGGGGAGGCAGACUAUGUCUCAGCAAAUGACACAGAUGGCUCCACCUCCAUAUCUGCCCUCCCAGGACCCCAACAUGCCCUCGCAUCCUCCUCCACCUGGCUGUGGCCCGCAACCCAAUUACCCCCCUCCCCCUCCUCCUCCGGGAUCGGACGGGUACCACCAGGAGACCCAGUUCCACUGCGGCACCCUCGGACCCCAGGGAGCUCAGAACGGUUACACGGUGCAGACGCACGGACCGGGCGGCACCGUUCCUCAUCCUCCAGUGGGUUAUUUACAUCCGGGAUACCCCCUUCAGCUGCAACCCUGCACGGCCUACGUGCCCGUUUACCCUAUAGGAGCAGGGGGACAGCCUUACCUGCCCAACGGUGCCCCCCACCCAGGUGUUGCCCCUGGCCAGAUGGCCAUGCACAUGCCAAAUGGCAUAGCUCUGAUGGAGCCUCGUCGCCCACCUCACGACUACCUGCCCAUCGCAGUCCUCACCACAGUCUGUUGCUUCUGGCCAACAGGAAUAAUCGCCAUCAUCAAAGCCGUGCAGGUGCGUACUGCUGUUGCUCGAGGUGACAUGGUGACGGCGGAGAUCGCCUCACGCGAGGCACGUAACUUCUCCUUCAUCAGUCUGGCAGUGGGCAUCGCCUCUAUUGUGCUCUGCACCAUCCUUACCGUUGUGGUCAUCAUUGCCUCUCAGCACCACGAUGAAGACUGGGAGCCCUAAAGCCGCCCAGAGGAACCCAUUUCCCCCGUCCUGCCCUGGUCACCAUUUCCAGCCGGUAUUCUGCUUAUUCUGCCAUACAGCACAGAUAUGAGGGCUUAAGCCACUAUACCCUAAUAUUCUGUUAUUUAGUAUUUUAACCAUUGUACAUGUAUUAGUUACAAGACAGAUCAAUGGUACGAUAAAUCUGAGCCUAGAAUCACAACAACACCUGUAAACGUGCACAUGCGUAUUCAUAUUAAUCUACCUGGACACUCCUUCUUUACCCCAAACAAAAACCUGUAUUAGAUCAAUAGCUUAUAAUAGUGUACUAAAGUCAGGUCAGGUGUGUUAACGUUUUGCUCUUGGAAUUGCAAAAAUUUUUUUUUAAAAGAAACACAGUAUUUCAGGAGCAAAAUAGUAUUAUUUUGGUAUUAAUAAUUGAUGUUCAAAACAUUUCGGCCCGGUUUCAAAGGCGAGACUUCUCAGACAGCAUACGACUCUGGGCCAGAACUGCACUGAAUCCGUACCGGAGCUGCUGACUUUGGCGCGGAUCUGGUGUGGGUCUGGCCCAGAGUCAUCUGCAGAUUAAGCCAGAAAUAGGCCUUAGUUAAAUUAGGCCCUUUACGUAGCUUUUAUACAUGUGAAAAACAUCACUGGUGUGCAUCUUGAGACAAAAAAGAUGCGUCAGUGCAAGCUGUUUAAAAUUAAGACAGCUCAGACAUGCAAGUUUAAGCCUUGUCUGUGAAACUGGACCUUCAUCUUUAAUUUGUGCCAUUAAUCUCAUCAACCUGUAUUGUACGACAGAACCCAGCAAGCAAUUUUGCGUUUUAAAGACGUCUUAUAGCCAUUCAACCCUUACGAAACCAUGGUUUUAUUGUGGUAAAAGUGUAGUAAUCAUGUUUUUUUGGUGUAUUGAUUACUAUCAGCAAAUAAAGGGUUAUACUACAGUAACCAUGUUGUUUUGGUUUUAAUUGUAGUAAAACCAUGGUUCACUUUCGUAGGUGAAACACAGCCCAGAGGCUAAAACAAUGAAAAAUUUGAGCUCUCAGUAAAAAUGAAUAGACGUCCAACCAUAGCUCAAAAAUAAAUUAGAUUAAAUAAAUAAGUAAAUGAAACCAAACAGCAUGUAAUCGCUGUCGACUUUGCUUACAUGAUGGAAUAACAUACAUCUCACAAGUUAUUUAGGCAGAAACAGCAUUACAUUUUAUUUUGGCUACAAGUGGGUUAAUCAUAUCCGGACUAUAUCGGGUUUAUUAGUUAACCUAGACGGUGAAAUGACAGCUUUUGCUUGCUGGGAAAUGAUCAGUCUGAUUUCACGAGAAUUCGUACAUAUUUUACGAUUGGCUAAUUUCGUACAAUUUUGUGCGAAAGCAUACGAUUUUCGUAAAAAAACAACAACGAAACCAAAGCCUAAACCCCAAUGUCACGGGUCGUACAAAAACUUACGAAUGUGGUCGUAUUAAGUAUUACGAAUUAGCCAACUCGUAAAAUAUGUACAAAUUUUCGUGAGAUAGCGUUGGAAAUGAUAAAUUAUUGAUAUGUUUGUUAAACUGCCAAAUGUAUUCGCUGACGAUGUGGAUAAGUAUUGAAAAUGUAAAAGUAUUUGUUGGAUAUUUUAAAUGAAAUAGAUUUUUACAGUGCAUACUUAAGGUAUAGAUUAUAACACUACAUACUAAAAUGCAUCCAGUUUUUCACACUUGCGUGACAGUGAGUGAUAUAGACAACUGUAAAAUACAGUAGAUCUUGACUUUUACAUUUUCCCAAAGGAUCUUUUACCUUACAUUUCAGAAGUAUUUAUAUCAGUAUUGUUUGCUUUUUUCUGAUAUCUAAGGCCAAAAACUUUACACACAAGUACAUGAAUUUACCAUGCAUUCUUGCAUUGCUGUGGCUGUAACAAUUUCACGACUCGAGGGAUGCUAAGUUAGCUGAACACCUCACCAGUUUAUACUGUAGUAAUUCUUUCUAUAGCCCCCCUUGUUAAAUAAAAUGAAACUCCAGUGGUUUUGAAUAGGGAUGCACCGAUAGGAUUUUUUUGGGCCGAUACCGAUUUAAACAGACAACUUCUGGCCGAUACCGAUAUUAAACACUUGUAUACAAUACUAUACAGUUGGUCUAUUAGCUAGUUUAUUUCUGCAUCAAAUUAUUUUUACUGAACAUGGAUUGGAUCUAAUUAACAUUCAACUGACCAACAUAAUAAGAGAGGCACAAAUUAAGCUAAAACAAAUAUAAUAAGACAGCAUGACAAUCUUCAACAAGUGGUUUUUGCUAUUCAGCAUUUAUUUUAUUAACAACAUUAACUCAUUUUUUUACAUAUAAUGGAUUUCUUUAUGCAGUUAAUUAAUAAACAAUCGGUAUCGGCCUUUCUCGUGCUAUUGCCGAUAUGCAGAUGGUUUCAAAUUCAUCAAAAAUCGGCCGAUAAAUAUCGGCGGCCGAUACAUCGGUGCAUCACUAGUUUUGAAUGAAAUUGAGUUUUUGUAGCUAGAAACGUUUGCAGUCGUGUACUUGUGUGAAGUUUGUUUCAGGCCUAAGUGUUUUCAAAUGUUCUGAAUUUAAUCAGUGUAAAGUUUAUUCAGAUAUACUGAAAUCAUUUACUGUAUUGUAGGAUGAAAUUAUUGCUUCAAAACGAACUUUUCCAAAAUGGCUUUUCAUUGAUGGAAGUCAUGGCAUUUCGGUGGUGUGAAAUAUUGUAUUAUUUAUUGUUUAAACACUAAAUUAUUCACUUGUGUAUUAAACUUCUGUAUUUAUUGAAAUAUGUUA